AUGUAUUUCCCAUUCCAACACUUCCUCCCCGCCCUCCCACUGGCCAUAGCACAUCUAUCCGAAGACACUGCCAAAGUUCCUACUGCUCAAGUUGCCGCAGUGCAAGCUCGUGAGCUGCCUCGCUCCGAGAAGAUCGGCACGCUGAGCACCAUUUUCCCAAGCUCGGAUGCACGCGGACUUGGUGGUCAUCCUAUCGGGAUGAUGGACUACUAUGCUGAUCGGUAUAAUCUAGGCCACCCUUCACUCACACCAGUACCGGCAAUUCACAGACCACCUAAUACCCAGCCCAGCUCAAACAACCCCACCCUCCUAGCAAUAAAAAUCGCCACAUCCUUCAGAAACUCCAGAAAUGGUGCCCCAAUCUCACUAACCCUCCGCGAGCGCUCCCCUUCCAGCGAAUUCUAUUCACCGGCUGCGCACCACCGUGUUUCGCUGAUGGGUCGCUUGAGUCCACCCAUUCCCCCCAACAGCGACGAGGCUGGCGGGUCAGGGGCGUGCUUUACAAAGGUGCAUCCUGACGCAAAGUGGUGGGCGCCCGGGAAUCCGAUUCACGAGAGUUGGUGGGUGACUUUCGAGUUGAGAGGGUCUACUGGGUCGGCGGAUUUGGAGACCUGGAGUUUAUCGGGGACAUUCCUAUCGAACUUUACCGGAAUGUUACUUUGAAGGAGGUGGUAGUGAAUGACGUGAUACCCUUAAACAUCCAGCGAGUCUGGGGUGGGUUGAGGGUACUCGAGUAUGCUGAGGACUGAGUGAGGUGAUGGUACAUACACACUCGUGUAUAUAUGGGUUAUUAGAAGCGUCUGGCGCCCUUCAUUCAUUCGUUCAUUUCGGAGGAUUCCCACCGUCGAUAAGCCGUAUUAUACACUUAUGAUAGUUGCCAUUAUGACCUACUGCGAAUAGCUCGUUAAUAUCAUACAUAU